GUUCUUGACCGAGUGGCUGGUCAAUAUGACGCGUUAGCCUCGCUCGCUAAACUCAUAUCUUCAUAUACCCACCCGCGGCGUCUAGCCGGCCAGUACCUACACCACCAGCGACCAAAGAGUUUCCAACUUUUUUGACACUUCACAAAAAAAGAUAACAACCUCCUUCGAAACCUGUUUGCUAAUAAACAGUGUAGGAACAGUGCUGGCUGGCGAGAGACGUUUAGUUUUUUGUAACAUGGCGGAUUUUUGGUGUUUGUUUUUGAGUGUGUGUCUGUGUUUUAGUGUUGUGUUUUGUCAGUUCGGAUUCUUUAACCAAAGAAGAGCAGAAGACGGGAGAAGAUAUACGAGUAACAAUGACCAGAGUGUCUCAAACUUUGUGCCGGACACAGUGAGACGACUGUCCACCAUUCUACACUUAGACCAAUACGAGCCAAAGAGAAGCCAAUAUGUAUUCCCCUUCAGUAACAGAAGACCAGUGCAAGACAACCCUUAUUACAACCAAUACGAUGCUUACGGAAGACCAAAUAACAACGGAUUCAACCAAUACAGACCUGAAUACGAUCCUAACUAUCAACCACCUGGAAAUUAUGGCUAUCAAAGUAAUAACCAAUAUGGCUACCAAAAUGUUCCAAAUGUACCACAGAACUAUCCCAAUGCAAAUCCAGAUGGCUAUACCUAUGGAAUCAUGCAAAACUCCCAAGAAAACAGUGGUUUUGGUAACAAUAAUCAAUACAGACCAAACAAAGAAAUAGUCGAUGAAAUACCAAAGUUCGAAGACAGACAUGGGGAACUUAUUCUUCCUAAUGGCCAAACUAACACAGGACUAGCUGAGCUGACUCCAGUGCCUGAUAUUGCCAAUUCUUUCGGUGUCUCACCAGUAACUCCUAACAACACCAACCAAAUAUACUCAACGACAGCUUUACCAGAACUCACACCAGUGCCUAAAGAAGAUGGGGCAGUAGGGUUCCCAGCUUUCGACAAACCUGCUGAGUCACCGGCCUUUACCUUCGCUCCUCUAGCCACCAGUGGUCCCCAAGAGUUAACCCCUGUUGCGGAUACCAAUGCCUUCCCAACAUUCAGUCCUCUGUCAACUACUCCAUAUAUGCCAGAUUUCACUCCAGAUGGAUUCCAAUCGUUCACUGAAGCACCGAAAAUCACACCUGGUCUUCAAGAACUGACACCGGUCCCUCAAGAUAAUGACGCGAUAGGGUUCCCUGCCUUCGAACCACUACCGGGAGUCAAACCUGCGACUUCCAGGCCAAAGACCACCACUGGUCUACCGGAACUGACUCCAGCGCCAAAGAGUGCAGUGAAUUUCAAUCAUUUCCCCGACUCGUGCACGACAGUAGACGGGGGCUUCGGGACUUGCACAGCCAUCUCCAACUGCUGGCAGUACGUGUCUCUGCUGAAGGAAGCUCAGACCAACCCGGCUGCUGUACAGCUGUUAAGACGAGCCCAUUGCGGCUUCCAGGGAAGCAAUCCUAAGGUAUGCUGUCCAGCAUCAGCGAUCCCCGACGCGCCGCCGUCGUCCCCCGCGCCCCCGGUGACCCCCGCGACCCCCGACACGCCCCCCGAGCCCGAGCAGCCGUUCGAAGGGUUCCCGGACCCUCCUGUCUGUGGGUCUUCUGAUGCUUCUCUGGGUAGAGUGGUGGGAGGGAAACCGGCUAAACUUGGUGACUUCCCCUGGAUGGCGCUACUCGGGUACCGCCAGCGCCGCAGCCCGGAGCCCCGCUGGCUGUGUGGCGGCUCCCUCAUCACCUCCAAGCACGUGCUGACGGCCGCCCACUGCAUACAUGGACGGGAGAAAGACCUCUACCAAGUGCGCCUCGGUGAGCUGGACCUCUCCCGAGAGGACGACGGCGCUACCCCAAUAGACAUCCCCAUCAAGAAGCUGAUCAAGCACGAUGAGUACAGUCCCACUGGGUUCACCAACGACAUCGGGGUUCUGCUGCUGGAGCGACAGGUCGCUUUUACACCGCUGAUCAAGCCGAUCUGCAUCCCUACUGAUAGUGAGCUGAGAGCCAGGAGCUUCGAGAACUACACGCCCAUCAUCGCGGGCUGGGGGGACACUGAGUUCCGAGGCACAUCAGCAUCGCACCUCCAAGCUCUCCAACUGCCCGUGGUCAGCAACGAGUUCUGUCGCUCGGCGUACGUGAAGUACAAGGCGCAGACCAUCGACGACCGCGUGCUGUGCGCCGGCUACAAGAUGGGCGGGAAGGACGCGUGUCAAGGCGACAGUGGGGGGCCGCUGAUGCAGCCUAUUUGGAACAAAUCAACGUACAAGACGCACUUCUACCAGAUCGGCGUGGUCUCCUUCGGCAAGAAGUGCGCGGAGCCCGGCUUCCCCGGGGUCUACUCGCGGGUCACACACUUCGUGCCGUGGCUGCAGAAGGUGGUUAGGGAGACUGCGUGAUGAUGUGGGGUUCUAGGGGG